AACAUGGUAAUCCUUGUGCGAGUUAUCAAGGAAAUGACAACAAUCCAACAGGUGAAGGAUAACCAGACUGAGCAGAUCAGGCUGGGCAUCCGUGCAUGCGUCGUGUUAGCUCCGUUGCUGGGUGUUACAUGGCUGAUUGGCCUUCUUUUGCCACUACACAUCGCCUUCUCCUACAUUUUUGUAAUCCUUAACUCUACUCAGGGACUCUCUAUUUUCUUCUUUCACUGCCUGAGAAAUAGUGAGAUAAAAGGGAGUUUUAAAAGAAGAUUCCAAGAAUAUCAACCCAAGUGCAUCAAAUCAUAGGCAAGCUGACAACACAAAGAACUCUCAGACCCCUCAGAGUCACGCUAACGCUGGGAUUCCUCAGGAGGAUCGAGAGUAGACUUUGAACUUAUAUCUUCCCCUAGAAUUGAGCGAAUACUGUAUGCAUUUAUUACCAGUUUCACUUAUGUUGCUUAGACUAUAGCUUAUGAGCUCUAUAGCAAAUUGAAACAUUUUUGUCCAGCUGCUGGGUAACCUCCUUAACCACAGAUUUAGGUUAUAUGAUCAAGUGGAAUCAUUUCUUAGAAUCAAAUUGCCAGAGAAGACCGCUUUAAAAUAUAUCAUGAUGAAUCAUUUAAAAUGUAAUCAGUCAGUAUCUAAAUGAAUUAAUCUUGGCGCAAUUGAUAUUGAUAAUUAGAAAAAAGUUUGUAGUAGACUUCAAAUAAAGACAUAAUGGAAACUUUA